UCGCCAGCCGAACCACACGCCGCCACUUGCCCCGAUAUUUCGUCGAUCGGUUGCUCCGACGGUCGAUCGACCGCCUAUACCACAAGCCGGCAGCCAGGGCAGUACCCCAUGCCUUUGACUACCACACAUCCACAAGUCCGCGCCCCGCGCAUGCAUGGCGUGAGAUCGAGCUAAGAACUGGGUCCAAGCCCCUGCAGUGCGGAUCGAGGUUUGCGUGUGUCUGCGGAAGCGGAGAGAGGUAACAAAUCCAUGGCCGCGCCGCCGGAGGGCGCCGCGGGGGCGACGAACCAGGUGAUGAAGGUGCGCUACGCCGACGUAGACGACAGCAACUUCGCGCUGCACGGCCGCGCCGUGCCGCUGCUGGCCGGCCUGCUCGCGCUCGCCCUCGUCGCCUUGGUCGCCGCCUGCCUCUACCUCAACUGGGCGUGCAACCGCAGGCACCGCCGCCACCGCGCCGACCUCGAGGCCACCGCGGCGGCUGCCGUGCUCCCCGGCCUCGACGCCGACGCCAUCAAUGCGCUGCCUGUCACGCUCUACAGCCCAACGCGUUCGAACGAGCGAAACGACGGCGGCGGCGAGGAGGAGCAAGCGGCGGAGGCGGAGUGCUCGAUAUGCAUCAGCGCUUUGGUGGCUGGGGAAAAGGUGAAGGCGCUCCCUCCCUGCGGCCACCGGUUCCACCCGGGCUGCGUCGACGACUGGCUCCGUUCCCAUCCCAGCUGCCCGCUCUGCCGCACCACCCUCCUCCCAGUGACCUCCGCCAAACAGGACGCCUGUUGAAACUUGAAACUAAUCUGGUUAUUAGUUAGAGAUAAGUUUAGAUGGUUAGAUAUAGAUUAUGAAUGUAAUAACAGUAGUAGCUGCGUCAGUUCGUGUGUUAGAUAUAGAUCAUGAAUGUACCAGUAGUAACAUUGUGCUUACAUGUCAGUGCGUGUGUUUAGCUAGGUCAAGGGCUGGCCGGGUCAACUAGUGGAGGAAAUAGAGGCGGUGAGGCCUUAGUUUAGUUUUUUUUUUCUUUUUUUGAACGGAUAAGGUCCUGAAGGACCAGGAGUUUUCAUUUCAAUGGCGGUUGGUGUACAUUACAAGGAAGGUCUAAAGAGAAAAUAAAAUUACAUCAAGGUCCUUUAAAUUA